AUGGCCAACAAGGGCCUCCUCACCUGUAAGGAUGGUGACCUCUUGAAUAAGAUCUAUGUUCUAUUGAUGGUUGAUCCUGAUGCUCAGCCAAUGUCUGCUUACUGGAGGCACUGGCUGGUCGUGGACAUCCAGUGCAAUGCGCUCAAGAAAGGGCAGAUACACGGGAAGACCCUCACUGGGAAGCUGCUUUUCAAAUAUCAUCCUCCAACCCCUCCUCAGAAAUCUGGUUUUCAUCGCUACCGGUUCAUGUUGUUCGAGCAGCUUCCAGACGCUCCGGUGCCGCUCACUGAGCAGGAGGAGUCCUCCCGCGGUAAAUGGGAUCUUCAGGCCUUCAUCACAAGGUUUCAUCUGGGAGAGCCGGCGUCCUCUCUGCAGUUCCUCACCCAAAACUACAACGACUGA